AUGGCGUCAAACCAAACAACAACAAAUGCAAGCGGUGCGCCUCCAGAAGUUAUACCAAAACCUUUCUUAAAUCUUUACGUAUUUACCGAAAAACUUGGCAGUGGAACAUACGCUACUGUUUAUAAAGCUUACAGGAAGGUAUUUUAAAUAAAUAAUUUGUAGACAUCCAUUAAAUCGUUUUAAAUGUCGACCAUUUUAAACCAGUUCAGCCAGCAGCUUAAACUUAAAAAUACUUAAAUGUAACAAGGGCUUUCUUAAUUUAUUCAAUUUGAAAAUUUUAUCCAAGGAAAAAUCAAUGAUUGUAAAUAGUAAGUAUAUUCUAAAAACUUCAGACUUAUAAUUAUAAGUAAUCCAAUAGUAUGUAUGACAGUAAUUGUAAUGUUGUAAACGUCUAAAACGUUUUUGAUCUGACUGAAGAAAAACUUCAAAAAGUUUCGUAAUAAUAGUAACUUUAGACUUUUGUUUAUUUAAGUCUAAAUGAUGUCAAAAUAUUAUAUGGUUUCAUUUUUCAUGUAGGACUUUUGGUUAAAACGUUAUGAUGGUAAAUGCAGACAAUUUGUGCCAUGACGUAUCUGAUGGCCGCCAUCAUGGUUGCUGCGACCUGUGAACUUGUACGUGUUCACGGGUCGCGACAACCAGGAUAGUCACCGUGAAAUAAUAAAUGACUCAAAUUUGCUAAAAUUAGGAAUAAAACUUUUAAAAUUUAUGAAAAAAUGUCCUACUAAAUGUAUCCCUAAACCUAACCCGAUCUCCCUAAAUUGAUCCCUAAACUGAUCGCUAAACCUAACCCAAACCCUAAAACUAGCCCUAAAGCUGGAAGUGAAAAAUAUGUGGCAUUUACUACUAUUUAUACACUGUGGGACGAAAACUAUGAAACUGAACAAAAAAAAUUAAAAAAUGGCCAUAAAAAUGAUAAAAUACAGAAAUAAUGAAAACCCAACUUACCGAAAAUAAUAUUCAGAAAUGAAUAAAAUACAAGGCCUGACAAAAUCAUCAAAUAUGGCGAGGAAAAAAAAAUAUAAUGAUUAAUGACCCAACCAAUGAAAUUUUAAAAUUAUAAUUAAUCAAUCAAUACAAAUUUAAUUAAAAAACAUGCCAUUGUAAUAUUAAGGAAAAUCUAACUCCAUUUACAACAAUAAUGGGAGUGAAUCCAAAACACAAACUUUACAAAAAUCAUGAAAUGACAUCAUGGCACCAGUUCUCUGCAUUGACCGCUAUAUUUUUCAAAGGCAAAUUAUUUGGAUUAUUUGUUUAUAGAUUAUAUCAUUAACAUAUCCUGUAAAUAUGUCAUUGACAUUUUUAUAUUGAGAAAUAUGCAAGAAUUAUGAGUAAAAGUGAUGAACACAGAGUGUGGAGGCAAACUCAGUGAUACAAAAAGGUGUACUUAAGGUCCCCACAACAUUCAUAACUUUGCUAACCACUUUUUUAAACUUAAGAAAUCAUUAAUUGUUAUACAUUUAACCUACUGUCUACAAAAUAAAGAAUACAUUUAAGAAUAAAAUUUUAGGUGCGAGAGUGUUAUUUGAAAACCAUUUCCAGUUUUUCGUUUAUGAUACAUAGUGAUAGUCUUUUUUUAUUCUCUCUAAUCCAAAGCAUGAAUCACUGUAAUUUAUUAAACCACAAAAUAAUGUUGGAAUUUAAUUGUAAAAAUGUAUCACCUAAUAAAAUUUGAAUGGUGUUGCCAUGGUGUUGCCUCUACCAUUUUCGAGCAGUAAAACAUUUAAUACUCCCAAGAGAUUAUUAGACACCAACUGUUACUAUGGAGGCCAAAGAAAACCAACUGAUAAGCUGUUUAAAUCACUGCCAAUAUAACCAAUAUUACAUCACAAGUCUGAGCACAAACAAAAAUAUUGAGAAGUAUGUUGUUGAAAGUAGAGGACAAUGAAUAAUGUGUCUGAAGCUUUCAGGUGAUAUAAUUUGAGUUAGGUCUGUAUUUUUACUGUUCUUAGUGAGUUAAAGUUACACCCGUAUAAAGUCUUAUAAAAGUUAUGACUUUAGAGAUUUGCUAAAACUCACAAAAUGAGGUUUAUAUAAUGAAGCAAAAAGCAAAGUAACGGAAGUCAACAUAGACUUUGUCUAGUAUUAUAAAUAUAGGAUGUAAGCUUGUAAGUUUAAUAAUCUACAGUUGUUGUUGUUUUAAUACUGUACAGUUGUUGUUUUUGACAGUUUGUUAUUUGCUGAUUGCUGAUAGACAUUAAUCUCUUCCAGAGUGGUGAGAGGGAAGUGGUGGCCAUCAAAUGUGUACUCAAAAGCAGCUUAAACCGAGCAUCAACAGAAAAUUUAUUGACUGAAAUAGAACUUCUAAAGACACUCAAACAUGAGCAUAUUGUUACGCUCAAAGAUUUUCUGGUACUAAGCUAUUAUGUCAUUUAUUAAUCUAAUGAAUAAUGCAAUCCAGCUAAAGUGUAUAGUUUAUUUCUUUAUCUCAGUUACAAAAUUCACAUGAAGUUCAUACAUGCCAUAGUUGUGAACAACAAGUGUCAAUAUUUAAAUGACUUUUAUGAGUGUUUCCCAACAUGCCCCACAGGGGGGCAGUUUGAUUGUUUGGGGGGGGGGGUGGCAAUUGGAAAAUGAGCUGUCUAGAAUUUGAAAACCAACCGUCUACUUUGAUUUAACUUGUAUUUUGAAAAAAAAGCAACAUUAAAGUCUCUAUUUGCCAUAGUUGUGAACAACAAGUGUCAAUAUUUAAAUGACUUUUAUGAGUGUUUCCCAACAUGCCCCACAAGGGGGCAGUUUGAUUGUUUGGGGGGGGGGUGGUGGCAAUUGGAAAAUGAGCUGUCUAGAAUUUGAAAACCAACCGUCUACUUUGAUUUAACUUGUAUUUUGAAAAAAGAGCAACAUUAAAGUCUCUAUUUACUGCAACUGUCAAUCGUACUCUUGAGCCUAGUUAUGAAAUUUCCAUACUAAUUGCUAAAUCUGGGGAAAAAAAUCAUACUAUAGGAGAGAAUCAAAUCAAACCAUCAAUAUCAGCAUUUCUUAAAACGGUUCUCAACAAAAAUGACAAAGACAUGAAAUAUGCCACUCAGUAAGAAUUCUGUUAGCAGAAGAACAGACGAAAUGAGUGAAGAUAUUGAAGUACAACUUGUUUAAAAGCUGAAAACAAGAAAAUUCUCAGUGCAAAUGGAUGAAUCAACUAUGAGACAGUGAGGCUAUAUUGAUUACUUAUGUAAGACAUAUUGAUAAUGGGUAUUUGGCUGAAGAAAUGUUCUAUAAAUCAUAAGAAAGUGCCACUUCUGCCAAAUAUAUAUAUAAUAAGCUAAAAAAAUUAUUUAGAUGUCAAUAAUAUACCAAUGAAAAGUAUAAUAUCUUGUGCUUCAGAUGGUGCUCCUAAUAUGAUGGGCAAGAAAAAUGGUUGCUUGAAAUUGACAAAAAAAUGAGAAUCCAGAAAUGCUACUUGUGCAUUGUGAUAAUCAUAGGGAAAACUUUGUACCUAAAAACAUUUCGUCUGUUCUAAAAUGAAGCACUAAGUUAUAAAGUGCAUUAAUGCUAUUAAAGCAAAUGCAAAAUUUGAACGUCUCUUCAACUUCAAGGUAGUUUAUGAAGAACAAAAUACAGAUUAUGUGACACUUUCGCCUCACACUGAAGUAAGAUGGCUUUCGAAAGGGAAUUGCUUGAAAAGAUUUAUGGAACUAUUUGAUGACCUUGCGAUUUUUUAAGUGACAAACCUAAUAUGAAGUAUCUGUUAAUGGUCGAUUGUAAAGCAUAUGUGAGUUAUUUAGCCGAUAUCUUUGAAAAUCAAAAUUUAUUAAAGAACUAAUAAAACUCUUGUUGAUGCAAAAGUGAAGAUAUUUGGUUUCAAUACCUUUAUUGAAUUAUGUCAGAAAAAUAUUUGCAACAAAAGUUUUGAAAUGGUGCAUUGGCUCAAAAAAUGUGAAGUGACUGAUACCGCUAUACUUGUUAUUGUCUGAUACCGCUAUACUUGUUAUUGUCUGAUACCGCUAUACUUGUUAUUGAAAAUUCUAUCGGCUGAUUUAAAAGAAAGAUUUUCUUAUUUGAGAAAAAAUUGAUUGUCCAACUUGGAUGAUGCAGCCACUGUUAGUGGAUUUGUCUAAUAUUUCAAAUAUGCAGUAUCAAGAAGAACUCGCAGAAAUGGAAAAUGGCGAUUCAGUUAAAACUUUAAUUAAUAUAAAAGGAGCGAUGACAUGGCUUUGUGAGAAAAUAGAAAUCAGUUAUCCAAAUUCAACCAAAUAUGCAAGAAAACUAUUGUUACCCUUUCAAUAUUCAUAUUUAGCUGAAAGGGGAUUUAGUGUCAUAAGUGAUUUGUUGCACACACAAAAAAAAGAAAAGAAAUCGGCUGGAUAUAACACAAGGGGAAGACUUGAGACUGAAGCUAACUAAAUUGGAACCUAACAUAAAAUCUCUUUGCAGAAAUCAUCAAGCACAAACUUCUCACUAAAUAUUAAUAAUAAAUAAUUUCUAAUAAUUGAAGUAUAUAGAAAAAUCUUUCAUUAAAAUUAUUUCGUAUUAGAAUUUCAAUUCUCCAUUGUAUGUUUUGAAAAUUCACUUACCAUGUUUCUUCAACAAUUUCCUAGAGAUUUCUUCCUAAACCUAUCAUUUAAGUUUCUUCAGUGAUCAACCCUAUGUUGGAAUAUUUAAAAUUAUAUAUAUGAUACAUGUCGGGGAGGUGGGGUGUAAAGAAUAUUAGAAAGGCUUAGGUGGGGCAUGGCACAAAACAGGUUGGGAAACACUGAAUUAUAUCAUUGUAGACAACAGAGCAAUUAAUACUAUUUUAUGGCAUAAUGAGAUUCAUAAAAAUCAUGUCAUCUAUGUUCCUUAAUCAUUUUGAAUCAUGUCCUUAAUGGUUUCUCCCUGGUCAUGUAGUGGGACUCUAAUUAUAUCUAUCUCAUCAUGGAAUACUGCAAUGGUGGGGAUCUAUCUCGUUUCAUCCGAAGCAAAAGAGCUCUACCUGAACAUAUCGUGAAAAGAUUCUUGCAACAAAUUGGUAUUUAAACUAUUUUUUUACAUUUUUCAUUAUGGUUUAUGCAAAAGAAAUAACUAGAAGUUUAUUGUUAAAAGAAAUAACUAGAAGCAUAUUGUUUGACAUGUACGUAUAAAGUUAUUCUAAGUUUUGCAUUAUUUUAUUAUCAAUUUAUUCAGCUGUUAAGAUAAUAUUUAAAUUUACUAAAAUAGCUUUACUUAAUUAUACUUAAUCAUACUUAAUGAAUGUUUUUAUUUUUAAAAAAAUUAUUUGAAGUAACACUAAGACUAUGUAUAAUUUAGUUUAGACCUCAAACAAGUAAUGCAUGGCUUACAAAACAGAAAUUUUUAAUUCUAAUUCUGCAAGUAAUUAUUACAAUAUUGGAAUAAUAUAAUACAUAUGUCAACAUAUAUUCUACCAGCUUCUGCUAUGAAAUUCUUAUGGGACAAGAAUGUUGCUCAUAUGGAUUUGAAGCCACAAAAUAUUUUGUUAACUUCAACAGCAAGUCCCCAAAUAAAAUUAGCAGGUAAUUUUUUGUGUCAAAUUUAAAUCUGAUCUGCAUACGAAACAAAAAACAUGGACAAUUACAAAAUGAUGUUUUCACGAAUAAAAUAAUAUUUGAAUUAUUUUUCAACAAAUUGAUUUUUCAUUGUUUAUUUAAUUAAAAAGCUUUUUUGUACCGAAACUCUGUUCCUGAAGCAUUUUGAAAUAAUCUUAAGUAACAAAGUUAUAAUGAUUUACUUAUAUAUUCCCAAUCAGAAAUUGAUGUAUUGUCUAUCAAUGGGAAAUGUCUUGUUUUAAAAAAAAUAUUAAUGAUAACUUUAAUUGUUUUUACAGACUUUGGUUUUGCAAAGCAUUUAUUUGAUGGGGAUCGCCUACAUGUCAUGCGGGGGUCUCCAUUGUACAUGGCACCUGAAAUAAUCUGUCGAGGCACUUAUGACAACAGAGUAGACCUCUGGUCAAUUGGUGUUAUUUUGUUUGGUAUGUACAGAGCAGACCUCUGGUCAAUUGGUCUUAUUUUGUUUGGUAGGCAUUUCUUAAAGUUAUCUAAUAAAUUAGAAGAUUAAAUUAAAUCUUAAACUAAAGUCUAGAGUGUUGCAAUAUAAAAAGUCUUAUUCUGCCAGCAAGGGAAAUCUCUUGAUCAUGACUUCUUUACGUUUAGAAUGUCUUUUUGGGAAGGCGCCUUUUGCAUCCAAAAGCUUCAAAGAACUUGGUGAAAAAAUAUGGGAUCAAAAGCCUAUCGAGGUAAUCAUUUAUUUUACCAAGGCCAUAGAGUCUGAAAUUUCGUAGGAUUAAAAUAAUAAAAAGUAUCACUUGUCAAUGGAUAUAAACAACAGAAUGUGUUGCCAUUUAAUCAGUAUUCGUAUGUUUUUAUGUGAUGUAAAUGUUAUGGUAGAAUAUUUUCAGAUUAAUAAAGUCAGCCUUCUAUUGAAUAUUCUCAUAUAAAAAAUCUACUUUUUUAAUAUUGUAGAUUCCUCCUGGGGUCAAUGUCUCAGACAAUGCUAGGGAUCUUAUCCUACGAUUAUUACAACGCCAACCAGCCAGGCGCAUCACAUUUCCAGAGUUUUUUGCUCAUCCAUUUGUUGACAUGGAGCACAUUCCCUCUAAAGAUGCCUUGCCAAAAGCCGUAUGCCUACAUUUAUUUUUGCUGAAUUCUUUAAACAAAAGCCUACUUAUUGGAAUAUUAUUUAUUUUAAACGAACAGGUCUUUGAAUUAGUUCGCCCAAAAUUAUUUGUGUAAAAAAAAUACAAUUUUAUUUCAUUAUGAUUUAUUUUAUUUUCAGACUGAGAUCAUAGCAAAAGCUGUAAAAAAAGAUGAAGAAGGAGAUCACAAGGAGGCCGUGAAGUUCUACUGUGAAGCUUUAGAUUUCUUUAUGCCAGCCAUACAUUGUAAGUCUCCUUGUUACCAUCAUAGCUUUGAACUUCUAUGAAAAACAGUGCGUCUGUUGCAAUACCAAUGGGAUGUUUUAAACUGUGUGCCAUGCACCAUAGAUCCUAUCCACUGUGUCGUUUUGUAGAAAUAUCACUAGUUUGAGGAUAACUUAGCUGCAGGCCUGCGGGUCUUCAAGUUUGUAGGAGGUACUCUCACGUACUUAAUGUUUCUCAAGCAGUUAGGACUUAGCACAGUGGUGGGGCAGAGCUUGGCAGUUAGCCUCUAGCACAGUGGUGGGGCAGAGCUUGGCAUUUAGCCUCUAGCAUAGUGUUGGGGCAGAGCUUGGCAGUUAGCACCUGGCACAGUGGUGGGGCAGAGCUUGGCUAUUACUUCUUGUACUUCUGUGUCACACUAAUGGAAAUUUAUUACAUCUUACACUUCUGUGUCACACUAAUGCCCAUUUAUUACAUCUUACACUUCUGUGUCACACUAUUGCCCAUUUAUUACAUCUUACACUUCUGUGUCACACUAAUGACCAUUUAUUACAUCUUACACUUCUGUGUCACACUAGUGCCCAUUUAUUACAUCUUACACUUCUGUGUCACACUAUUGCCCAUUUAUUACAUCUUGCACUUCUGUGUCACACUAAUGACCAUUUAUUACAUCUUACACUUCUGUGUCACACUAAUGCCCAUUUAUUACUUCUUAAUUUAAAGAAUUAUUUUAACAUCAUUUCUAACUUUUGUUACUUCCAAUUUUCAGAUGAGCAGAGCAUAGAGAAGAAAAAAAUGUUACGUGCCAAGGUAAAUUUGAUUAACUGCAUGAGUGCUGGACGUAAACUAAAUUAUUUUUACAAAAAUGGAGGAGAAUGCUAUGGUGUGAAACCAAAAUAUGUCUGAUCCUUUUCAAAUCUUGCGUAUUUUAAAGUGGACAAAUUUUUUAUGGCAGUAUUGUUUGAAAUAGUAACCAAUGAGCCAUUAGUAUUGUGUGGAUUGAUGCAUUUUGUACAAAGAACAAAAAUGAUUUCAUUUACGGAAAUGACAUCCAAGAAAAGUCACUUUUCCACUCACUCAAAAAAAACAUAAUUAAAAAUAUGAAGCAAUUUUUUCACCCUCAUGAUAGAAUUUUAUGUUUUAUAAUGUAGCAAUGCAACUACUGAGCUGUUCUGUCUCUCCUUUCAGGUCAAGCAAUAUAUGGACAGAGCUGAAACUUUGAAACAGUUGAUGAGGUCAGAGAUACACUCACAUUCGCAACAUAAAGCAGUCAAAUUAGAAAGUCCGCCUGCAACUCCAUCAAAUGUCAAGAUGGUCACAAACAUAAAAAUUGACACACCCCCCUCUCCAGCUUCAGAAGUUCAAACAGCUAAAAUAGUUCAACCUAAUAUAUCCACUUCUAAAGUAAAUAUUUCACCUAAUCACAAUGAUGAUUUACCCAUCAAGAGAACCUAUUCAAGAACCAUGUCAGAUGAUGUGUUGGAAGAAAUCAGUAAGUUGAAUUUGAGUGGCAUAACUUUAGGUAUAAUAAUUCUUGUCUCUAAAUCAGCAUUAAUCUACAAGGAGCUGGUAAAAGUGUCAAGAUUGCACCAUUAAUCCAGAACAGGGUGGGGGGGGGUGGGGGGGCGACAGAAAAACAUGUCACCUGAGUUAUUUGCAAUAAUUUUACAAUAACCAUCGAUGCUAAACAUGGAAGUUUUAUCAUGAUAUCCCUUCAUGCCUUCCUCCUGACUUUUGCUUUAAAAAAAAGAAAUUUUUAAAUGUCCAAGUUCAUUUUAUUGCAUAGGUCGGGAAUAAUUUUUUCCACAACAAACCUUGGACAUUUUUUAAGGUAGAAAUUUGUUGUGUUAAGGAGAUUAAUGUGUGUUACAUUUUUUUAAUUUAGCUUUAGUAAUGGCAUUUUAAAUGAUAUUUCUGAUCAUUGUGUUUUAUGUUUGACACUAUUAGACACUAUAUCUGCUUCAUGAAAAAUUUUCACACAACUGAAUUAGCAAGUGUUUGAAAGUCAUGCUAAAGAUGUUUUACAGUUCACAAUAUUGCAACAAUUGACUUAUGUAAAACUGUAAUUAUACCUUUCAGUUAACUAAUGUAAACUAUAAUUAUACCAACUAAUGUAAACUAUAAUUAUACCAACUAAUGUAAACUAUAAUUAUACCAACUAAUGUAAACUAUAAUUAGACCAACUAAUGUGAACUAUAAUUAGACCAACUGAUGUAAACUAUACUUAGACCUUUCCUAUUUUGUGUCAGUGUCAAUGUGCACAGACUCACAGGAGCUGAUGGCUAUUCUCAAACUCAUUGAUGCUGCUUUGGCAGAGGUAUUUUUAAGAAUAACCCUUUUGCAAAUAUAGCUUUUUUAAACUUUCAUUUCUUUCAACUUUGAUUCGGUAAUUUUUCUGAAGCCAAUUGUUUGAGAUGUCACUAUAAUUUUAUUUUAAGUUCUGCUGCAAUGAGGCUUAAUAAUCUGCAUUCUGGCCAAUGGCAUAUGUGUUUUGUAAACAUGAAUAAAUUAUUAAUUGAAAAGUUAUGAAACAUUUUGAACAAAUUUUAAAGGAGAUUAUAAAAAAUAUAAUAGUGUUGUUAAUAAAUGAUUGAAUCAACUCUGUAUCUACUCUGCCUGCAUCAACUUUUUCUACAUUAACUCUGCCUACUUCCCCCAGGAACAAAAGGAAGACUAUGAGCAAUGUUUACAUCACUUUGAAUUGGCUUUGGGAGCUUUAUUAAAAAUAUUACCAGGUGAUUUCUAACGAACCAUAAUUACGGUCUUUGUAAGCUAAUCUUUAUGGUUAAGAGGGAAGCAACCUGAAUCUAAAAAGCUUUACAAAAUUUAAUUGAAGUUUAUAACGUUAUUUAGAUUUUUUUUAUUUAAGAGACUAAAUAAAAAAAAUAAAGUGAUCGUAGAUAGCAUUUUGUUAUCUAUGGUUAUUUGAGAAAUAAAAAUAGUACAGGAUACAAGUAUUGGUAUACUAAUAGGAAUUUCAUAAAUAUUUAUUUCUCAACAAAUUAACCAUUUGUGCCUUCCAAACAACAGCUGAACCAAAGGGUAAAAGGAAAGAAAUGUUAAAAUCACAGGUAAUGGAUUUAUUUAAUUUUAGUUAUAAGUUGACUUAGUAAUUCAACAAGUUACUUAGAAACAUUAUUUUUUGUCCCCUUCCCUCCCCUUAUUAACCAUUUCUGUACCCUGACCUAAUCACUUCCUUUGUCACUGAAUGCAACAGUAAAAAAAAAACCAGUCCUUCCUACUUGACAUUUUGUACUCCUGAGGUUUACAAAGAACCUGAUUACAGCUCUUUAAAAUUUGUUUAAUGUUUUGGCAUUCUGCUCAUGAAAACAAACAAACCCGAUGAAUGAUAAACUUGAAAAUGUUUGCAAAUCUUUUUUUGAAAUUUAUCCAGAUCUGAUGUCAAAUAUUUUGUAUUGGUCAGAGAAAGUUAAAUUAUGCCUCAAAAUCUGGUGUUAUUAGAAUUUUAAAGGCAAUCAGUGCUGACCCAUGACAUAGGUACUUCGGUAAAGCAAGGGAGACUACUUAAAAAAUAAUUGGGGAAAUGAGAAUCGGGGCAGAAGAAUCCAAUUGUUUAAUUUUUAGACAUUUGUGCUUCUUCAUUGAUGAAAGGACUAUUUAGUCUAAGGAUUGUGGUAUUCAUUCAUAGGUUUUUCAGUACCGGUAGUGGACAUUUUGAUCUACAUUUCCAUCAUAAUUUGUUGCCCUUUCAUUAGACCCCAAUCUUAGAAAUUCAUAGUUAUAUAUGAUAUAUGUAUAUUAUAUAUAAGGCAUCUUUCACUAAAAUAUUUAGUAUGCAGUUCAACUACUAUGUCUGUCAUAUUAAUUCUUCAUCUGUAAUAUAUAUGGAUGUAUACAUGUGCGAAUUCUCAUUAAGCUAGGACAUGUGGGCCGUGCGUUGCCUUAUAUAAACUAAAUAGUCAUUGCGCAUGACGCGAUCAGCGGAAUGAGGUCACAAAAUGUGGAGGCUUCGUCCAUAGUAAAAAAUACGGAACGAACUCGCACUUUAAAAAUUCAUAGCUUAAAAAGUACUAAAGCUAAAAAGUUGAUUCUGGUUUAAUUUUUUUAUUUGAAAUUUGCUCUAAGUAACGGUAAUAUUUUAAGAAAAUGAUUUUGAAUAUUUUAAUUUUUUUUUUCUAAAGUACUUACCCAUAGCCCAUGGGUUUUGAGACUUUUUGUAGACUUUAAAAGUAAUCAUUCACUGCACAUUGCUGACACGUGGGCCUAUAUUGGCAGCACAUUGCUGACUCGUGGGCCUACAUUGGCAGCACAUUGCUGACACAUGGGCCUACAUUCGCAACACAUUGCUGACACAUGGACCUACUGUCCUUUUAUUUUCUCAGCUGACAAAAUGGAUGGAUACAGCUGAAAAAAUUAAAUCCUAUCUGGACAUAAGGAACCUUAGUACAAAAGAUACAACGGCUGAGGAAGAGUUGAAUGAAACCACAUACCUGAGUAAGUUAAAUGG